AUGACGAUUCUUCCUAAGAAGAAGCCGAACUCGAGUGUCGAUGUUUCGGACCACCCGGACGAAACUGACAGAAGAAGUGGCUCUGACACGCAUCAACAUCCUCACGGAGGUCGUACAGGUGCAAGACCAAGGGCCUCGCCGCCGCCGCCAUGGUCGUAUCAUCCCGCUCCACCUUCGACAAGGGAAGAUAGACGGAACGAGGCUAGCUCUCGGCCGCAGCAGGCCUCGCCUCCUCCCAUGGGUUCAGGCUCUCCUGUUGGACCUGGAGAUGGGAAUGGAGGAAUAACAUGCGUUACUGGGACACGCGGGGAACUGUCAUGCAGCAUUUGCUGUGGUGGAGGAAUUGGAAGUUGCUGUUUGGGACCCGGUCUGAGUAAAAGGCGAAGACAAGCAACCUGCACUGGUGUGGCUGGUGGUGGAACACCUGGUGUAGUUGGAGGUGGCGGCGGAGGUCCCAGUGCUGAUUCGGAGGAAGGUGCGGGUUACAACAGUGAAGACGAGUACGAGAAUGCUUCGAGACUGCAGUCUGAGGACCUAGCGACAGUAGAGCAG